AUGACGGGCUCUGAUGAAUACCUGAUUUACGCAAUCCCGAACUCGGAGCUAAUAGAUCAGCUCAGGUUGAUACGGCACCCGGAAGGAGGAUUCUUCGCUGAGACUGACCGUCAAACGAAAGAAAUUCCUUCACCUUUUGCAGACGGCGCACUGCGCACUCUGGCUACUACCAUCUACUACCUCCUCACGCCCGACGAGGCAAAUGGCGUGUUCCACAUGAACAAGUCAGCGACGAUGCACGUGCUCCAUCAAGGUCGCGCAGAAUACACCCUCAUCACCCCAGGCACUCCACCAAAGAUCGAGCGAAAGGUCAUAGGCCCGAACAUCCACUCGGGCGAGGUCCUCCAGCUCCUCGUCCCAUCUGGCGUUUGGAAGAUGUCACGCCUCCUCUCGGCAGACCUCAUAGCGGCAACCUCGCAGGAGGAUGGGAAGGAGCGCUAUGGCUGUCUCAUUACGGAGGUCGUUUUCCCGGGCUUCGCAUGGGAAGACCAUGCAUUUGGCACGCGCGCCGAGUUUGACAAGCUCUUCGAGAAUUCGGACUCUGCGGAAGUGCAGGAGCUGAUCAAGUACCUGAAGAAAUGA